CACGUCGCGACACAGCCGCCACGACCGUCGUGUUCCCAUGAGCCCAACUUCAGUGCUCCAUUCGUAGCGAACCUCAUCGCUUGCGCAUGAUCGGGUGCUGGCUUGACUCAGAUAGCUUCAUGAGGUCGCCACUUCACUCGGGUUCCUUCCUAAUUCCUUUGUCAACAAUUCCGCGAUUGUCUCUGGGCUGGUUUGUGUUGGCAAGUUGCGUUGAGCGUGAUUGAUUUACGUGUAAAAGCUCGCAAGAGCUGCUCUCGUGCUUUGCUUGCUGGUUCGUAAGGAUAUUUUGUGAAAACGAGGGUUGGAUUUCUGCCGAGUGCUGUUCCCCGUGAAUGGGAAUACGUUGCGUGAAAGGCGGAUGAGUGUUGUAUUUUCUUCUGAAAUUUCGAGGAUCGUUGGAUGAUCGGAGGUGUCAGAAUUUGUGUGCAUUUUGGGUGAGGCGAUUUAAUUAGGGCGUGGGAAUGAGGAGGGCGGGGCUAGCAUUGUGGCGGUCAAAAGCGGGUUUGGGGAGUCUGCAGGGGCAAUUGUUGCUGCAGCAGCAGCAGAAUCAAACGAGAUCGUACGCGAGGUCGGUUGUGCUGACGGAGGAAGAGGGGCAGCAACGCGUUGUGGAGGCCUCUCUGACGCUGGUGCGGGAGCUUGCGCGCCUCAAGGCUGAUCAUGUGCGCAAGCGGGGAGGCUCCAUUGCCACUAGCUGUAUGCUCGGAGUCCCCUUGGGUCACAAUUCAUCGUUUCUCCAGGGUCCUGCAUUCUCUCCUCCGAGGAUCCGAGAGGCUAUCUGGUGCGGCAGCACCAACUCCACCACAGAAACAGGGAAGCAAUUGGAGGAUGUUCGAGUGUUGACAGAUGUUGGUGAUGUGCCCAUCCAAGAGAUGCGAGGGUGCGGCAUAGGCGACGAGGUUCUUAUGCGCACAAUCACGGAUUCGGUGAAGCUUGUGAUGGACGAGCCACCGCUGCGGCCCCUCGUGUUGGGAGGAGAUCAUUCCAUUUCGUUUCCAGUGGUGAGGGGUGUCUCUGAGUUUCUCGGUGGGCCAGUCGACAUCCUCCACAUAGAUGCCCACCCUGACAUUUACCAUGCCUUUGAAGGCAAGCAUUACUCCCAUGCCUCCCCGUUCGCCCGCAUCAUGGAAGGCGGGCAUGCGAGGCGGCUUAUACAAGUGGGCUUACGCUCAAUAACGCAGGAGCAACGCGACCAAGCUAAGAAGUUUGGAGUGGAGCAGCAUGAAAUGCGGAAUUUCGACCAGCACCGGGAGAAGCUUCAAAAUCUGCAUCUCGGCGAGGGCGUGAAAGGGGUGUACAUCUCAAUUGAUGUGGAUUGUCUCGACCCAGCGUAUGCCCCUGGAGUUUCCCACAUAGAACCGGGUGGUCUCUCUUUCCGAGACGUGCUGAACAUCGUGCAGACCGUGAAGGGUGACAUUGUCGGCUGCGAUGUUGUGGAGUUCAACCCACAACGGGACACUGUUGAUGGGAUGACUGCCAUGGUCGCCGCCAAGCUUGUACGCGAGCUGUGUGCGAAAAUGUCCAAGUGAGUCCACCUUCAUAAAUCGGCAAAACUUCAUUCGCUGAAUUCACAUCUGGCUGAAGACUACUACUUGUAUUGAGCUAUGCUUAUUUUUUCUUUUUUUCUUUUUUGAAAAUUAGACUCUGCGUCUAAAAUGGUUGGUUUGUAGAGUGAAUCUCAUAUUUUGGCUAUGACUUACAUCCAUCUUUCAGUGUGAAUCAUGCUGGAAAAUCCAUGGAGUCAUGUAACUCCUGUAAAGUUCAUGAAAGGUACCGUAAUGUGCAGUUUAUAUUUGUGUUGGCUCAAGUCAUCAAUUAGAACUGCCUGGCGCGUUAUGGUUUACAAGAAUACAAAGUUUUCCUUCAUUGCGCUCAUGGAAGUUCGUAUCCAUGAACGCAAGUCAUCAUGUUUUAGCCAUGAUUAAUAAAGCAGCUUAUCUUACCAAUCA